AUGGGCGAAUCUUCGAGCCGCACGCUGCUGGUGCACAGGUGCCGCUUCGUGGACUACUCUCCCGCGGCAAUCACCGCGCUCGCCUUUCCUCCUCUACCCCUCCCUUCCCCCAAGGGCAAGAAAAAGGCGUCUUUCGCGCCCAGACGCGUCGCCGAAUUGGUCGUGGGACGCGCCAAUGGAAAUAUCGAGCUCUGCGAGUGGACCGGCUCAGACGACGCCGUGGAGACUCCCCAAGCAUGGACAGUCCGGAAGACGCUCGCAGGACCCUGUCCGUCCAAGGUCGACUCCCUGGCUUUGGCAAUCCGUUAUCCUUGGAAGUUCGAUCAGGACGGCGUCCCCUCGCUGACCGAUCUCAGAUUAUUCAGUGCAGGAGGAGGGACGGAGCUGCUAGAAUGGGAUCCUGUGCGGGCCGAAGUGAAGCGUUCUCUCUCUUCUACCGGCGGAUCCAUCUGGUCCAUAGCCGUCAACCCGUCUUCCUCAAGGCUGGCAUUAGGCUGUGAGGAUGGCUCAAUUCAAAUCAUCUCCCUGGAGAACGACUCGCUCUUCCACCUACGCCGACUGGACCGGUCGAAAUCCCGCGUGCUAAGUCUCGCUUGGGGACCUGCCAGGCCCCGAGAAGCCCAACCUUCCCCUGCGGCACAGGGGAGUGAUGAGAGCGAUGACGAAGGCAGCGAUGCUUGGACGGAUUCUUGGCUGGUCGCCGGCUGCUCGGACAGUAGUUUGCGCCGUUAUGAUGUCGCCUCUGGCCAGAUACUGGAGCGUAUGGGGACUGACAAGGUUAGAGGGGAACGAACGUUGGUGUGGACUGUGGGCGUGCUUGGGGACGGUACCAUCGUUUCAGGAGACUCUCUAGGGAUGGUCAAAUUCUGGGACUCCCAAACCGGAACACAAAUGCAUAGUUUUCAGUCUCACGGUGCGGACGUGCUAUGUCUCGCCAUCGGCUCGGAUGGUAGAAGUGUUUAUUCUUCGGGGGUAGACCAACGUACAGUCCAGUUCUCCCUUGUCAGAACUGGGUCUGCGGAACAUUCCGUCUUGUCUGCCACCAGCAGAUGGGUACAAACUGCCAUUAAACGCAUGCACUCGCACGACGUAAGGGCAUUGGCUGUUUGGCCUCCUUAUACGCCGGUCUUGCCAUCGCAUCGGCGCCUCACUCCCGCCGACCUUGUUCCCAUCGUCGUGUCUGGCGGCCUCGAUAUGUCCGUUGCCGCCACACCCGCUGCCUCCGCGCAAGUCACAACGAAAGCAAAGCUCGUCAACCCACUCGCUACGAGUGUCAUCACUACUUUCGAGGACGCAUACCAUCGGCGAUUAGCCUAUAACACGGGCUUCAACGGUGCCACUGCUGUUCAUGUCGCAAGACUUGCGCGCCUGGUGUUGUGUGUGCGGGAUACCAGCGUGUCUUUGUGGCGCAUACCAGCUCACGGGUCGGAAGAGGCUGGAGAGGACGAGGAGGGCGAACGGAUGUACGAAGAAGUUCUGGAAAUGAACUUGAACGUGCGGACCAACCUCGUCGCCGGCGCAUUAUCUGGCGAUGGGAAGUGGUUGGCCGUCUCCGACCGUUAUCAGGUCAAGUUAUUCUCCCUGGCGACAAUGGCCGACGGCGAGCUCAAGCCCAGGCGGGUGCGAGACUUCGCAUCUAUCAUUGAGAGCGACUCGACAUCAUCCAUCACCGGCGCGACUUCUCUCAUGUUCUCUCCUGAUUCAAGCAAACUCAUCAUCGGCGAUAACUCGGCAAAAGUACUGCUCGUUGAGCUAAGCUCCAAUUCGGGCUCGCCUCGACUACUACGUUGCUUUACUCAUCAUCGCAUGGAGGACGUCCUCAUCGGCGAUCGUGUCGUCAAAGGGCGCAAGCAAAACGACGCCGACGGCGUCGAUAUGGACGAUGGAAAUGAGCCACCGGCUUCCUCGAGACGCGACGUUGUCACCGCCAUCACUCGGAUGGCCAUUAGCUCGGAUGGGCAAUGGCUUGCCACGACUGAUGACCGUCGGCGGACGCACGUCUUCAGCCUGGAUGCCUUGCAGCAUCACUCUCAGCUACCGUCCUUCACUCACAGCGUACAGGCGCUUGCAUUCUCCCCGCUAUCACCAGGUCUUCUCGUACUCGGCUUCACGAACAACACUCUCGAGCUUUGGGACGUCGAGACGCGGACGACACCCGGUUGGGCGCGCCAAUUUUGCAACUCGCUGCCCAAGCGCUUCACACACUUGCACGACCCGCUCAUUGGCAUCUCCUUCCCAGACCCCUCACCCUCACUGUCCAUCCACUUCGCGUUCAUCUGGGGCUCAACAUGGCUUUGCAAGGUCGACUUCUCUGCACAAACAGGUCCCGGGAGCUUUAACAAGAAGCGUAGGCGGCAAGGGAAGCAGAGCCAGGCGAACAGGCUACCCGUCGGCGAAAACUUCAAACUUUUCACACAGUACAGGCAGGUGCUGGCGGCGGAUUUCGUUUCAGAGAAGGAGAUCGUGGUCGUUGAGCGGCCACUGGUGGAUGUGCUCGCGCGUCUUCCGCCUGCAUAUUUCAGAGCCAAGUACGGUAGCUCUUAG